UUUUCUUCUUUCCCUUGUUAAAUUUCAGUAGGAUUCGGAAAAUAAUUUAGCUGAGAAUUUAUCAAACAGAUCUACUGGAACAUCAGUCAAAAAGUACCUCAGCAAAUAUCAGUAUGAAAUACUCGAUUGUGUUAGUAUCAUUCCUGCUGGCCAUGGUUAAUGAAGUUGAGCUAGGUGUUAUACAGUCUACAGCCGAAAUCAUAGCAAUGGGAGCAAAGCCUGGUACCUUUCGGAGAUCUACUACAACAACACCAAACCCUACUACUACAACAGUUGUCUCUGCACAAACUUUGCUACCAUUAAAAGAGGUCGAGCCAAUUGUUUCGAAUAUUGCCAAAUCUGAUAAAACAAUCGAAUCACAAGGAUCAAAGCCCAGUACAUUACAGGGGUCUUCUACCAGAACACAAAAUCCUACAUCAACAACAGAGGGUUCAAUACCAUCAACGAUGCAACCUUCGGUACCAGUUAAAGAGGCUAAGCCAAUUAUUUUCCAUUUCCGUAAAACUGAUAAUGGAAUCAAAUUAGAAGGACCAAAGACCAGUACACUACAGGGGUCUACUACAGCAACACCAGAGGGUACGAAAACAAUAAAAGGAUCUGCACCAACUUCAAAUGUUGAACCAGUUAAAGCGUUCUAG